AUUUAUGCAUAUUUAAAAAAAGGCUCACUCAUCUUUAAAUCUAGCUAAGAAUGACAGCUUUGAUACUCCUGAGAAGAAAGUCACUCAUACCCAUUCUCACAAUCAAGAAAGCAAUUAGAAAUAAUCUAUAUAAGUGGAUGUAACAAAUUAUAAUCAUCCUCCUAAUAUAUCAAAAUUGAUUCCUGUGUCCAAAAUCUACAGUGCUUAUAAGUUAUUAAAGAAUGUAGUAACAAGAACGCCCACAUAAAAGUCAAUGAAACUAUCUGAAUAUUUUGGAGCCAAUGUCUAUAUCAAAAGAGUAUGACGAUAUAUAAUUUUAGGAAGAUCUGCAAAUUGUAAGAAGCUAUAAAUUAAGAGGAGCUUAUAAUAAGAUAAUUUCAAUUCCUGAAAAUGAGAGACAUAGAACAAUAUUUUGUGCUAGUGCAGGUAAUCAUGCACAAGGUGUAGCUUAUGUUUGUAAUCUAAUGAAGAUAAAUUGCAUCAUUUACAUGCCUACUAAUACUCCAAGUAUUAAGUUUAAUGCUGUGAAGUAAACAAUAUCAUCUAAUUUAAGAUCUUGGGGAAAACAGUAUGUCUAAAUUGAGUUAGUAGGAGAUACAUUUGAUGAGAGUUUCAGAGCAAGUAGAGAAAAAUGCAAUACUGAAAAUGGGAUUUAUGUUCAUGCAUUUGAUGAUGAAAAGAUUAUUGAAGGAUAAGGAACAAUAGCUGUUGAGGUUUUGGAAGAUAUUAAUGAAGAUUAAGUAGACUUUAUGUUCUUCCCAGUAGGAGGAGGAGGAUGUGGAGCAGGCAUAUCUUCGUAUUUCAAAUAAGUCAGUCCUUAGACUAUAUUAAUUGGAGUGGAACCUGAAGGGUAAUACAUAAAUAUCAUUUUAGAUCUCCUUCUAUGUAUGAAGCAAUUAAGUAAUAGUAAAUAGUAGAGUUGGAAACUAUUAACACAUUUGUGGAUGGUGCUGCAAUUAAAAAGUCAGGGGCUAAGCCAUUUGACAUAUUAAAUUCAGUAUUAAAGGAAGUGGUUUUGAUACCUGAAGGUCAUGUAUGCACUACUAUGAUGAAAUUGUUUAAUGAGGAAGGUAUUCUAGUUGAACCUGCAGGUGCCUUAGCUAUUAGUGCUCUUGAUAAAUUCAAAGAUCAAAUUAAAGGUAAGACAGUAGUUUGUUUGAUUUCUGGGAGCAAUAAUGAUUUAGGAAGAAUGACAGACAUUAGAAUGUUGUCAGAGAUUCAUUAAGGGUUGCAAUAUUACAUGUUUGUAAACUUUUUCUAAAAACCAGGAGCAUUAAAACAAUUCUUAAUUCAAUGUUUAGGUAUAAUUUUUAUAUAUUCUUAAGGUCCAACGGAUGAAGUCACCAAUCUGGAAUACACAAGAAAAAACAAUAGAGAAAAAGGGCCUGCUUUAGUGGGAGUGAAGGUGAAAAAGCCUUAAGAUUUUGAAGCCAUGAAGAAUAAGAUGGAAGAAUUGAAGAUUACACAUAGAAUAUUAUAACCAAACCAAGAAAUAUUCAAAAUGUUAUUAUGA